AGACACAACUGCCGGAGACACAACGUCCCCAAGGACACCAUCGAGGGGGCACUCAGGCCAGUGAGUGACUACAGGUCCGGCUUCGGCCGGGCGGACGGGGAGUACUGGCUGGGCCUGCAGUCCCUGGCCCUGCUGACCCUCCAGGCCCGUUACGAGCUGCGGGUGGAGCUCGAGGACUUCGAGAACAACUCGGCCGCGGCCACCUACGGCUCCUUCGCGCUGUCCCCCACCGCGGUCAGCGCCGAGGAGGACGGCUACGCCCUGCACGUGGCCGGAUUCGUGGACGGAGGAGCCGGCGACUCCCUGAGCUACCACAACGGCCAGAAGUUCUCCACCUUCGACCGCGACCAGGACCUCUUCGCCCAGAACUGCGCCGCCCUCUCCUCGGGGGCCUGGUGGUUCCGCAGCUGCCACUUCUCCAACCUCAACGGCUUCUACCUGGCCGGGCCUCACCUGUCCUACGCCAACGGCAUCAACUGGGCCCAGUGGAAAGGUUUCUACUACUCCCUCAAGCGCAGCGAG